CUUGGUCGACAAUACCCCACAUGGUAAGCAAAAAUCCUCGGUACCUGGGAUAACACAAAAAAGCCUCUUACAAAAAAAAAAAAAAAAAAUCCUCUUUUUGUAGUUGCCACCUUAAAUCUGAGCAACCUCAUACCCAUUGAAGCAUACCAAGGCGAUAGCUCGGACAAAGAGUUGGAUCAACUUCGACGGUUCCUCGAAUCCAAGUUGGUAAGACUGACCGAUCGCCAGAAUGACAUGCGGAUCAUGCUACACCGCCAGUUCGAUUUAAAACGGAGGUUGAGAGAAAGGAUCGACACUUGGAAAAACGCUCAAGCGGAACGAAGACGUGCAGGUCUAUGAAAACAACGAAAUCCUCUCCCUCUCUCCCCUCUCACUAUAUCACAUUUUACACCACUCACAACACGCGUUGCCACACAGACACCCUCACCAUGCACAGACCCUCUCGCACGCGCACACAUCCACACAUCCACACUAUUCCAUUUGUUUAUAGCCCGCCCAGUAACAACAAAAUCAAAUAUACACAAUGACACAUUGUAUUACCCGACAUGGUAGCAUUUGCCAUUGACCCAAGGCCUUUUUUCCACGUUGGUGUUUAAGAAUCUAAUGGGCAAGAGAGAUUUGUGAGCAGAGGACUUUUGCAUAACAAUAACCUCUUUCUGAUAUAUGUAUAUUAUAUACAGAGACCCUAUAGUGCUACAACAAAUAAACAAUGCGACAUGAUGCUUGU